AUGAGUGACAAACCCGACAUCUCAGAGGUGACCAGCUUCGACAAGAACAAGCUGAAGAAGACUGAGACUAAGGAGAAGAACAGCCUGCCUACAAAAGAAACCAUCGAACAGGAGAAGGCAGCGACGACGUCGUGA